UAUGUGGUUCGAUAUAUGUAUGAUUAUUUUAGUAAUUUAGGAAACCCUAAAUGCAUCAAAUUCACCUUCAGAAAACACCCACUUCCUCUCCAACGAUCCCACAAAUCUCUUCUAUCUCUCCCUCUCUGCUGUGGGCUGCACUACUGCCGGAAGAGCCACCGCCGGCGAACCAGGGACCACCUCCGGCUCCCCUUCCCCUUCUCCGUCUUCCUCUCUACUGUGCUCUCUUGCGUUCUCUCUGCCUUCUGCCGAAGCCGCUGCAAGCCACCGGAUCCCUUUCUCUCUUAAAUUUCAUAGCAAGCACACAAGACAAUGGGUAUCAUAAGGAGUUGCUUCUCCUUCAUAGCAGGGACAGUCUGUGGUAUUUAUGUGGCACAGAACUAUAAAGUGCCUAACGUGGCAAAGCUAGCCGACACUGCCUUGUUCAUGGCCAAGGUUGUUGAAGAAACAUACCGCAAACCCAGCAAGAAGGGUGAUGAUGAUGAAUAGUGUGAUUAAAUGAAGCAAUAUUGGAAACAGGUUUAUCUAUUACAUAGUCUUAAUUCUUUUCCUUGGAUUAUAUGGGAUUGAAUAACUUUCCAACAGAAACUUUUGGGAAACAAAUUUUGUGAAGAGGUUUAGCAUUUAUAUCAUUUGUGCCGUUUAACGGAAGCAUUCUGAUUGCCCUUUCUGAUUUUUGGUCAUUAUAAUAGGACUUUAUAGUCAUCUAAGUUUUCUGCUCAUAAUAACAAACAUUGUUUUAAAAUUUUAUCCCAUAGUGGGAUGAUAGCUUUAUUCGGAUUAGAGUAAAUAGACAAAAAUACUCGUGAAAAAGUAUAGAAGGAACAAAACUACACCUCAAACAUUAGAAAUAAUCUAAUGCAUUCCGUAGAUUGGUUUCGCAAGUCAAAACUGUCCUUCCAAUUGUAUAUUAAUAGAUUCGAAAACAAAAGCAAACUGUAAAUGGUUUCUUGAGCUAUUGCAUCAUGAUUUGGGGAUUACAAGGUGCAUGGCUGCAACUUUAUGUCAGACGAGUAGAAGGUUUAGAUAAGGGAAUGAUAGUUUUCACUUGUCAAAACAAUCUUUGGAGUGUAUCAGGCUAUUUUGGAGUGUAUCUGGCUGAUGUUGAGGGUUUCGAGGCUGACGAGGCUUUCGAGGUCGUCGGGGAGGGAGCGGAGGCAGUUGAGGCCAUUGUCAAGGACCUUGAGAGAGGUGAGGUGGAGCGUGGAAGGAAGAGGAGCUUGUUGGAGUUCACUUUUAGCUUCUUCAGCUUUCUCAGUUCCAAACCAAUGCUUUCUGGAAGUUGCAUCAGUUUAUUGAAGUUGGCGUUUAGUUCCUCCAAUGAUCCGCAAUUGUAAAUGGUUUUGGGAAGGUAUUCGAUGAGGUUUCCGGCGACAUUCAAGACCUUAAGCUUACAGAGGCAGCCAAUGGAGUUCGGUAGGCUUCUAAGCUGGUUCGAGUGCACGUCCAGCACCACCACUGCAACAUAGGAUUUUUCAAUCAAGUUUGGUCAAGGAAUUCGUUGAGGGGCCGCGAUGGCUCACUUUUGAGAGGGACAGGGGCCGGCGUAGGUGUAUUUUUUAACAGGAGUUGCCUUGUCCUAAUUUGGAAUGGAUAGAGACCGAGUUGGGUGUUCACUCGCUAUUUUAAAAUCCUUUGGGUGUAUUUUUAUCCUCUCUAUACUCUUUCAUGUGUAUUUUUGUCCAUAAGUUAUGGAAGGCAGUGGUUUAGAUUUUUUUUUCUUUAGCAAAUAUCUCCUCAUUUAUGCCUUUUUGAUGGGUGUGUGCAUAUAUAAAACCAUAAGAAUUUUG